AUGAGUGGUCUUCUUCACGCAGAUGCCGGGAAGACGCUGCUGAUCUCCGACUCCCCGGAUCUGGUGACGUUCAUUGCGUCCCAAUUCAAGGGUGCCCCCUCGCGACUGUGCAUCAUCUCCCGAACCCUGUCAAAGAGUGCCCUCGGCCUGCCGGCUGCCGUGAAAUUCAUCUCCUCCACGACCAAAGACGAUGCCACGAUCGAUGGUCGGCGUGCUGGCCUCGCUCAAGUCCUGAGCCGCCUCGAUGACCCGUAUCACAACAUCAUCUUUCACUGCCACGAGAGCUUCAUCGAGGCGCCGCUGGCCAGUCGUAGUGCCGAUGCGUGGAUUGGACAAAUUCUCCCCUGCUUCGGGGAGGUCUUUGCCCUGUUCAAGCAUGUGUGGGCCGCCAGCGAGGACAGCCGGCCGACCAAUGUCUGCCUGGUUGCCCCGGUGAAUGCCCUGGGCAGUGGGCGCCUCGGCGGACACGGUGCCUGGGGUCGCGGCGCCGGCCCCUCGAAGAUCUGCAUUGCCUACGGUCUGGCGGCUCUCUGCCGGACCAUGGCCCGAGAGGGGGAGAGGCUCCAAGUUCGCGUGAAUGCCCUCUUCCCGGAGUUCCCGCAAUUCCAGUAUGCCUCAGGCACACCGUCUGCCCUGCCGGUGGCCCUGCUUCCCGGCCUGGGCGUCUUGCUCGGGGAGCUAGCCCUCACGGAUGCUGCCUCGGGGCAGGCGUUCUGCUUCUCUGAAGCCUCGGUUUGUCGCGCCGGCUGGCAGCGCUCGUCCGGGGCGCUGGUCGCUCCGGCUGCCGAUCCAACCACCAAGGCUCACCCCACCCCUCAGAGUUUCCUCAACCCCGCAUACUCGCCCAUCCCCCUGGGGGACUUGCACCGGCGUUGGACCGACGUUGUUUCCUUCAACGCCGAGAGCGCCUUCCCGGAGACCAUCACCGAAGUCGACUGGAUUGGCCAUCUUGAGGAUGCCCAGGAUCUCCCGCAGCCGAAGCCCCUCGCGAAGUUGGACUUGAGCCUGCGCGGACAGGUGGCCCUGGUGACCGGCGCCGGGGCUGGCCUUGGGCGCUUCCAUGCGCUGGAGUUGGCGCGCCAUGGCGCGGCAGUGGUCGUCAACGACAUGAACCUGGACGCCGCGCGCAAGGUUGUCGCCGAGAUCGUGUCCCUCGGCGGCCGGGCCGUGCCGGAUGGGAAUCCCGUCAACACCGCCGGGCAUCUGUGUGUGGAGACGGCCAUCCGGAACUUCGGCCGGAUCGACAUCGUGGUGAACAAUGCCGGUAUCUUGCGUGACCGAUCCUUCGCUCGGAUGACCGAGCAGGAGUGGGAUGCCGUGAUGAUGGUCCACUUGGCGGGCACGAUUGCGGUCACGGCGGCCGCCUGGCCGCACUUCAUGCACCAGCGCCAUGGCCGAGUGUUCAACACCUCCUCCAGCGUGGGGCUGUACGGCAACUUCGGCCAGGCGAACUACUCCACCGCCAAGGCCGCCAUUCAUGGUUUCACCGACAUGCUGGCCUGCCAGGGCCGCGACUACAACAUCACGGCCAACACCCUGUGCCCAAAUGCGGGUACCGCCAUGACGGCCACCAUCCUGCCGGAGGACAUGGUUGCCCGCCUCUCGCCGGCCUAUGUUUCGCCGAUCCUUGCCCUUCUUUCGGUCUCUGCUUGCCAGGUGACGGGCGGCUGCUUCGAGGCCGGGAGCGGCUGGUUUGCGCGCGUCCGCCGAGUCUUCACCCAGCCCGUGGCACUGUCCGCGCGCGGGAAUCCCGGCAUCAUCCAGUCUAUCCUCGAUAUGGACCUUUCGGCCAGCGCCGACGACCCCCAGGGCCAAGUUCACGAGCCCAUCAUCAAGCGCCUGCUCUCGGAGGAUGCCUCGGCCACCGCCGGCCGGGGCAGUGACUUCGUGGACAUCCUCUGGUCGCGGCGCUUCCGCAGCCCGAAGGCCGAGUUCCUUUUCUCCGAGCGCGACGUGGCACUCUAUGCCCUUGGGGUUGGUGCCACCAGCCAGGACUUAUCGGUGGUCUACGAGCAGCACGACUACUUCCACUGUCUGCCCACCUUCCCGGUGGUGUGCGCCUUCAAUCUGCUCGCAUCGAUGAAUCUCAGCCAGCAUCUGCCGAAGUUUGACCUGGCUCGAUUGUUGCACGGCGAGCAGCGCAUCGAGAUCUAUGACACCCUCCCCACAAGCGGGGCCCUCAGCUGCCAGGCAUACAUCAUUGAUAUCCAGGAUAAGGGCAAGGGCGCGCUGGUUAUUACCGGCGUGGACACUUUCGAUGAGAGUGGUCGGCUGAUUUUCUUCAAUGAAUUUGCGGUCUUCAUCCGCGGCGCCGGGAAUUUUUCCCGCCGCGACUCGGCCCUCAGUUUGCCGAUUCGCCCGGCCCCGGCUGUGGGGCCCGCUGCCCCCAGCAAGUAUCUGGUCCAAGUGGCGGCGCCGACCGGGCCCUCGCAGGCGGCAUUGUACCGCCUGGCCAGCGGGGACCUGAAUCCGCUGCACAUUUCACCGGACUUCGCCGAGAUCGGCGGCUUCGACCGGCCCAUCCUGCACGGCCUGUGCACCUUGGGCGUGGCGGUCCGAGCCAUCCUGUCCUACCUCCAGGAGGGCACCGAGGAUGACCCGGCAGGCAUGGUCCCAGCCCUGCAGGGCCCCUUGCCCGAAGCCACGGCCAUCGCCGGGCGCUUUUCCAACCAUGUUUUCCCGGGCGACACGCUGGUGGUCCGGUUUUCACCGGAUCCCGCCCUUCGCCACCGUGUGCACUUUGAGGCCCAGGUGGCCGGAAGGGAGGCCGAGCGCCCGGCCAUCAGUGGCGGUCUGCUGGACCUGAGCUGUAGCGUGCCGACCCCCCGGCGCUCGGUUCGACUGCGGUGCCGUCUCUGA